CCGUAGAACCAAAUGUCGCACAUGUACCUAGAGUCGAUAAUCCGGUGAUCGGGAAGGAAUUUAUAAAGUGUUUUUUUUUAGGUUUGUGACGGGUGAAUACUGCCAUUUGUAAGACCCGGGUCCUUCUGAAAACGUGGCUCGACUGACAAGGAACUGCUCGUGCUAAGCUGGCCUGUCUCUAAAAGGGGCCUAGUGUCCCAGCACAUUGGGGCAUCAUGAAACUCACCGAUGGUGUGCUCCGAAGUUUUCGAGUGGCAAAGGUCUUCCGGGAAAACUCUGAUAAAAUCAACUGCUUCGACUUUAGUCCAACUGGUGAAACGGUGAUAUCCAGUAGCGAUGAUGAUUCAAUUGUGCUUUAUGAUUGCCAGGAGGGAAAGCCCAAGAGGACCUUGUACAGUAAAAAAUAUGGCGUUGACCUAAUCAGAUAUACACAUGCAGCUAACACAGUGGUCUACAGCUCCAACAAAAUUGACGACACAAUAAGAUACCUCUCUCUUCAUGAUAAUAAAUACAUCCGUUAUUUCCCUGGACAUAGCAAGAGAGUAGUAGCUUUGUCUAUGUCUCCUGUCGAUGAUACAUUCAUUUCUGCAUCAUUAGAUAAAACCAUCCGGCUAUGGGAUCUUCGGUCUCCUAACUGUCAGGGUCUAAUGCAUCUUCAAGGGAAACCAGUGUGCUCAUUUGACCCCGAGGGUCUUAUUUUUGCAGCUGGAGUAAAUUCAGAGAUGGUCAAGUUGUAUGAUCUUCGCUCUUUUGAUAAAGGUCCAUUUGCAACCUUCAAAAUGCAGUAUGAUCGAACCUGCGAGUGGACUUCUCUGAAAUUCAGCCAAGAUGGGAAACUUAUUUUAAUGUCGACUAAUGGGGGCUUCCUUCGUCUGGUUGAUGCUUUUAAGGGGGCUGUUAUGCACACGUUUGGGGGCUACAACAAUAGUAAGGCCGUCACUCUGGAAGCUUCCUUCACUCCAGAUUCCCAAUUUAUUAUGAUUGGCUCAGAAGAUGGCAAAAUUCAUGUUUGGAAUUGCGAAAGUGGGAUGAAAGUAGCAGUACUGGAUGGAAAGCACACAGGUCCCAUCACAUGCCUGCAAUUUAAUCCCAAAUUCAUGACAUUUGCAAGUGCUUGCUCGAACAUGGCUUUUUGGCUACCAACUAUUGAUGACUGAUGCACACAGCAGAAUCAUUCAUGAAAAUCCCAUCCUGCAGCUAUUUUCCACAAAUAGUUCUUCAAAAUGCCUGGAUAUCUAUAGAAUCACGAGAUGGUUAUUUUUUUUUUUUAUUCUCUAUAAAAAUACCCCAGUAUUGAACUGACAUUUCUCUUUGCCAAAAUACGAACUGUUCUUCAGUACAUAUCAUAUGGACUUCUGUUUCUGUCUUCUGUACUGGGCACUUGUGGAAUGUUGUAUAUAUUUUGUCAUGUUUUGCAUAACUGAGGAACCUGCAUUUGAGAAACAUGCUAUCAUUUUUUUUUAUAAAUAUCAUAUAUGUUCCAUGGGCCAGGACUAAAUGUUUGGUAUGUUAAGAACAACACCAUCUUGUUACAAAUGUUAAACCCCAACAGUUCUUACCUUGUGUUACAGCAGAGGUAGAUCUCAUGCUGUAUGGUGCACUAAAUAACCAGUCCCAUUUCUUUUUAGAUACCAUCGCUAUUCAAAGUCAAAGGGUUUCAAGAACUUACACCUGUUGCUAUUUUGUAUAUUUUAAGGCCAGGGCCAGACAAUGGCAGAUCUCUACCUGCGUUUCUCUGCAGUUGGGGAAUCUGCUGAACUUCUGGUCCUGGUCUGCUUGCACCUGGAAGCAUUGUUUCCGCUCGGGUGCAAGCUGAUGUAGCGGAUUUCGGCGCAGACAAUUUGUGUUCCACACUGAAAAUUUGCCCAUAGUUCAAAGGCUUUUGAGCAAAUAUUUUUAAUGUAGUACUCUGUUCUUAUAAGCCUUCUUACCCACACCUCCUGUCACAAGUAUUACAGAAAUGGUCAUCAAUUCUUCGCAGGAAUGCAACACAAUCCCAACUUACCUGAAACAGCUAUUUUGACUUUGUCUUCAUGCAGGUGAUUUAAAAUGGCACUUUAUUGUUGAUAUCUGUGCUUUCUUUGCCUGUUGAGAGAUGUUGGAAGUGUUAGUUCUGUAUCUAAAAGGCUGCAGGUUGAAUAUAUUCUCUAUUUCUUUGAAGGAACCAUACUUCUUUAAAGCCAAUGCUUACCUCCUUUGGGCAAACGUGUUUCUUUAUUGCUGAUUCCAAUUAGUUUAGAUCAGGUUUAUUAUCCUCAUGCAUUUCACCAACCGAUUACUUUUUUUUUUUUUCAUUUUUGGUUACAUACCGUAAUUGAUAAGUAGCGUAAGAGUGUGCUGCACUCGUAUUUUGUAAGCAGCAGGCUCUUCUUUAAAGUAAGAAACAGUCUUAGUAAAUUAUAACAGACCAGCAAAAAGCCCAGUACGUCUUAAAAAUUAUCAGUAACUUUCACAUGGGCAUUAUUAAACUGGCACAAGCAGUAGUUAAACUGUCCACAUCCACAGAACCUGUGAUAAGCAAACUAAUAUACCUGCAAUAGCCUAUCUGGCAUGGGACAAGUAGCUUCUGUAUAUCCAACAGACUGUAAUGUCUAGCUUAAAGUUGGAGACUUUGGUUGAAGGGCAAACAGCAUAGAAAUCAGAUUUUAAGGAAUAUUUUGUGCAGUUUUACUGUUCCAUUUACUUUCCCUCAGAUCUGGGGUUAAAACCUGUUUAAUAUGGGAUCCAGGAUAAGUCUGUGAAUCCGUUUCAGAAAUCAAUUGGUUGAGACUCGAUUAUACACCUUAUUUAAUUCCUUCCUGUUGUAUGAAAAAGUGUUUAUCUUAAACCCGUAGACCCACUCAAAGCAGAAUGAGGACCAUAGGUUAACAAUCCCUGCCAUAAUAGACUGGUUAGGGGAGUGGUGAUAUAUUGUUUGUCUCAGCUGAAGCACCUUCCAUAGAUUUAAAGAACAGCAUCAUCUAGGGGUCAUAAAUAAAAAAAAUUUCUACAGAUAUCUUCAGCUGGAGCAAGUGAUUAUGGCAAAAUAUUUUAAAUUUGCAUUACAGGUAUGUUUUAGCUAGGGUUCCAAAAACCGAGUGUGUUUGGCCCUUUAAGGUCCAGUAAGCAUUAGGUGAAAUGGAGUUUACACUUAUAGAAUAUGCUUGUUUCUUUUUAACCACACACCGUGGAACCUUUUUUUUUUUUUUUAAAAAAAAAAAAAAAUAUAUAUAUUUGGUUCCUCAUAAGAGAAACUUCACGAGCAGUAUUCAAUAUUUCAGAAUAAAGAUAUUUCACACUUUAAAGGAUUUAUCCCGCUAUAACAUAUAAAAAUUAAUACAUUCAGGGUUGUACGUGUAAAUAAAAUUGAUUAAUCCAUUACUGUGGAGGUAAGCAGGAUGCAACUGUUUCUUGUAAAUUGUUUUUUUUAAUUAAAUAAAAAGACAAAAACAA